AUGGCCGUGGGCGCACCGAUUUGGCUGGUGCUCUCGUCGGCCGCCGCGUCGACGGACGGUCCCGGCUCCGAGCGCUGCCGAUCUCUCGGCUUCGGCCCCUCGCUGCUUUGCACAUCGUGCACAAAGCUCGGCGAGCAUGUGGGCAAGGACAGCACGUUGGUCGAGGAAUGCGCGGGCUGUUGCACGGACGAGGCGCAGCGGGCGUCGCACUUUGCCAAGGCGGUGCUCGACGGCGCACCGCCCACGCUCUACAUGCAGGACGCCGACGGCCGGACCGUAGACGAGCUUAGUGUGGGCGGCUGGAAGACCGAGUACAUCGAUGAGUACCUUCACGAGAAGCUCAACGCUUAG